AUGGCAACAACUUUAAAACGAUCUAGAGAAGAUGAUUCAUUCAAUCUGAACAAUUCAAACUCAUAUACAUGUCCAUCGCAACAAAUAACACUGUCAAUGAUGAGACCAAGUAAGAGGCGUGCUCGAAUGACUCAAUUGAAUGAAGAUGAAGAUGAAGAAGGUGAAGAUGGUCUUGAAUCUGGAACCGGCGAUGAUGAAGACGAAGAUGAUGAAGAAGAUGAUGAUUCUGGAACAGAAGAAGUUGUUGGGGAAGAAUUUGAAGCUCCAGCUCAAGCAGGUAUUAUUGAAAAGUUGACUUUAAAAAAUUUUAUGUGUCAUGAAUUCUUUGAAUUAACUUUAGGACCUCAAAUAAAUUUUAUAAUUGGAAGAAAUGGUUCAGGUAAAAGUGCAAUUUUAACUGGUAUAUCAGUUGGAUUAGGUGCAAAAGCAACUGAUACCAAUAGAGGUAGUAGUAUCAGGCAAUUAAUCAAAGAUGGAAGUUCGACAUCUAGAAUUAGUAUUACAAUAAAGAAUGAAGGACCAAUGGCUUACAAACCAGAAGAAUAUGGUAAAAAAAUUAUUAUUGAGAGAAAAUUGGUUAGAGUAGGACUUAAUACUUAUUCCAUAAAGUCUGAACAAGGGGACACCAUUUCACAAAAAAAAGCAGUUUUAGAUGAUAUAUUAUACAAAUUCAAUAUAACUGUUGAUAAUCCUUUAGCGUUUUUAUCUCAAGAUAAAGCAAGAGAAUUUUUAUCAACCGCAACUGCAAAGACCAAAUUUGAAUAUUUUAUGGCUGGGGCUUAUAUUAAUGACAUUCAUGAUAAUUUGGAUUCAACUGCUAGAAACAUACGUGAUAUUGAAAGUAGAAUAGAUCAGUCUAAAGUUUAUUUAUCUGAUUGUGAGACUAACUACAAAAAGAUCAAAAAGAUUUAUGAAGCUCAUAAAAAAAAUGAUCACUUAAGAAACAAGAUGGAUAUGUUAACAGGUAAAGUUCAUUGGUUUAAUGUUGAAGCAUAUGAAAAAAGAUUGAAAACACUAAAAGGACGUAUCUUGGAAUCAGAAAAUAAAAUCCAAGAAGCAAAAGCUCAAAUUGAAUUUGUGGAUGAGGAAAUGAGAGCCAAAGAUUCUGAGAAACUGAAGUUGAUAGAUUCCGUGAGCCAAAUUGCUAAUGAACAUGAUAUAAAGGCUCAGGAACAUGAAAAUGCUGGAAGACAAAGGACAGAAAUGAAAGCUCAGUUAAAAAUUCAAGGUGAAGAAAUAAAAAAAAACAAGAAUGAAAUUAAAAAGCUUCAGGAAGAUAUAAAGUAUACUGAAAAGAAACUAAAAAGUGAAAGAAAGAAAAUUGAAGAAGAGCAAGGUGGAUCGAAAGAUGAUAUGAGAGAAGAAUUAAAGCAAGUCAUUGAAAAGAUAAGUGAAUGUGAAAAUAAAUUAAGAGAUGUUAAUGAAACCAUAAGAAAUAUGGAUAGAAGACCUAAUGUUGAAUUAGAAGAAUUGACAAAUUCAAAGAGACAGAUUGGGGAGACUAUACAAGAAUUAAAGCAACGUCAAGUUGAGUUGGAAAGAGAACAAAGCUCAAAAUACACUCCAUGGGGUGCUCAUCGUAUGCAAACUGUGAUUGAUGCAAUAAAUAAAACAUCAUGGACAGCUAAACCAAUUGGUCCAUUGGGGAGUUAUAUCCUUGUGAAAAAACAAUAUGAUGAAUGGAAACGAUUAAUGGAUUCCACUUUGAAGAAACAUUUGGAUGCUUUUAUCACAGUCAAUGAUAGAGAUAGAACUAAAUUGAAUGGUAUUUUGAAAUCAAAUGGUUUCUAUUGUAAUAUAAUUGUUAGAAGAACUGAGAAAUUUCAUUAUGAAAGUGGUAGGGCAAGAGCUGCUACUAGCAUUUUGGAUAUGAUUGAAAUUAAUGAUGAAACCGUUUUGUAUGCUUUAAUUGAUCUUGCUAGUAUUGAGAAAACAGUAAUUGCUAAUUCCAUUGAGGAAGCUAAAAGAUUAUGUCAAGAAUCAAAUGUCUAUAAUGCUCUUGUACAAUUUAGUGAAAGUUCAGGACAAAGGAUUUGGGAUAACCAUGGGAAUCAUGUUCAAGAUCCUGUUUAUUAUUCAGGAAAAAUGCCUAAAUUUGGAGUUUCGAACAGAGAAGAGUUGGUAAAUGAUUUAAAACAAGAAAUACGUAGAGAAAUUCAAAAAUUGAAUGAAAUUGAAAAGAAAAUCAGUGAAUCUAAAAAAUCUUUUGAGAAUGAAAAAGUUGAAGUUGUAAGGGAACGAAGAGAGUUGAGUCAGGAAUUGUCAAGAUUAAAAAAUAUAAGAGCAAGUUUAGAAGAUAAAAUUGAUAAAGAAAUAGAUCAGAGUGUUGCUUUAAGAUAUGAGCUGAAAAUUGAAGAAAGUAAAUCACAAAUUGAAAGAUUAGAAAGUUUUAGUGAAUCUUUGGAAGAAGACAUGGAUCUGAAAAUGGAUAAAUACAAUGAAGUGAAAAAUAAUUUGAAAGUAUUAGAACGAGAAGCUAAUGAAGUUAAAGAACGUAAAGAAGUUGCACAAGCUGAACUUGAUAAACUCAAAGAAUACAUUAGACUUUUGGGGGAUAAAAAGAAAGAGCUGUCAUAUCUGGAGACUCAAUAUCUUACUGAAAUAGAAAAUGAUAAAAGAUUGAUAGCUAGUGGUGAAUCAAAAUUACAAGCUCAAAUUACUAAAGCAAGGGAAUUUUGUAAUCGAACAGAUGUUGAAAUAACUGAAGAUGAUACUCAAUUAACUAUUGAAGCAGAGUAUAAAGAAAUUCAAACUCAGAUGGAAGAAGCUGAAAGACAAUUGGGUACAUCUUUAGAAGUUGUAAUAAGUGAUUUAAGAUUGGCACAAUCUAAAAGAGAUAAUGCAAGAGAUAAUCAAGAACAUUUAGAGGCAGUUCAUGCAAGGCUUGAAGAGGAAAUUAAUAUGAGAGUAGCAUUCUUAAGCACAACUAUUAGUCAUGCUGUGAACCUUGCAAGACGUUCAUUCGAAGUUGCUAUGGAAUUGAGAGGGUUUAAAGGUUCGUUAAAUAUGAAUUUUGGUGAAAGAUCUUUAGAAUUAUUUGUUAAAACUAAAAAAGAUGAUAAAACUCGUACAGUUGAAUCUUUAUCAGGUGGUGAAAAAUCAUAUACUCAAAUUGCUUUACUUUUAUCAAUUUGGCAAACUAUGAAUUCUAAAAUUAGAGGUUUAGAUGAAUUUGAUGUUUAUAUGGAUUCAAUUAAUAGAUCUAUCAGUAUUAAAUUAUUACUUACUGAAUUGGCAAGAUAUCCAAAAUCUCAAAGUAUAUUUAUAACUCCACAAGAUAUUGCAGUUGUUGGUGAUUUAGAAGGUUCUAAUGUUAGAAUACAUAAAAUGUCUGAUCCAAGAAGAGAUAACUAA